GAGGAAAAGAAAAGAAAAGAAAAAAAUGUAUAUCUUGCUUUAAUGAAUUUGUUGAUUGUAAUUGCUGAGAUAACGCCAUAAAAACGUUACUCACACAGUUUAGUCUCCAGACUAGAGGUACCAAACUUUCUCUUUCUUCUCUCUCUCUAUCUCCUUUGUUCUCUCUCCCUCUUUAUCUUUCUCUCUCAUUCACAUGAAUCGUUCCUUCCGAUUAUUAGGCGGCGUCAACUCGUCGUCCACCACCCCCACUUCGGAACCUCCCGUCGAUUCCGACUUCGUCGUCAUCCUCGCCGCCCUCCUCUGCGCCCUAAUCUGCGUCCUCGGCCUCGUCGCGAUCGCUCGCUGCGCCUGGCUUCGCCGCCUCUCCGGCGGAGGCUCCUCCGCCGCAUCCGCUUCUUCGUCUCGUCCCCCGCCUCCGCCGCCGAACAAAGGCCUCAAGAAGAAGAUCCUCCGCUCUCUCCCGAAGCUCUCCUUCACCGCCGAUUUGGCUCCCAAGUUCUCCGACUGCGCAAUCUGCCUCGCCGAGUUCGCCAUCGGCGACGAGAUCCGCGAGCUCCCGCAGUGCGGUCACGCUUUCCACGUCGCCUGCAUCGACACCUGGCUCGGAUCGCACUCCUCCUGCCCUUCCUGCCGCCAGAUUCUCGUCGUCGCCAGGUGCCAGAAGUGCGGCGGUUUUCCGGCCAGCUCAUCAAGCUCCGAAGCCGAGGCCAGGCUGAAGGAGAGAGAGGACCACAUCAAUAGGUUCUUACCCUAGCGUUCUUCCCACUAGCUAUCUUCGAAUUCCUCCCUCACUUUCUUUUUCAAUUAAUUAUUAAUUUCUAGAUUUUUAAUUAACUGCAUCUUUGUCUUCUAUCGGAUUUUAGUUCAUAAAAUAUACUAUAGGACCAAGUACUGGCAGAUGACGAUCGAAUGACUGCGACUAUGUGUAAUUGAUUUUCUGUAUGUAUAGUUGUAUAUGUUUAUGUAAUAUUUCAACUUCCUCUACAAUUUGCCCUCACCAAACUUCCACUGAUCUAUAUUAUUUCUUCAGAUUUGCUUUUUUUUAAUUAUUUUUUUAUUUUUGUGGAUUUUAGGGUUGUUUAUUUCUGUAUCAAACGAG